AAGAAAAGGAAGAAGGAAAAAAAAAAGGAGAGAGAAAGGCUGUUGCUUGUCUCAUCUCUCUUUCUUUCGUUCUAUCUGUGUUAGUAGAAUCCUUUCAUUUCAUUUCCCUCCACAGAUCUCCAAAAUCUCAGACCAUCCAACCCUAAUUUUUCUCUCUGUAGAAAUUUGGGGUUUCGGCUGAUAUCUAAUUCUUCUGGAUGCUUCCAGAAGGUUCUCCGAAGCUUGGAAUGGGGUUUCGGCUAAUGAAAUAUCAUGGAUGAUUUACGAUGCCUGAACUGCGUAGUGGAGUGCGCAGAGGCCGGGCACACAGGAACCCCAACGCGAUUCGAAUCGAGGACGAGAGUGUGACAGCGGUACGGACCCGACCUAGGAGGGCCGCGCAGAAUAGGAGGGGCGAGGUCGUUGUCGAUGGUGGAGAGAGGGACGUCUUGAGGGGGUUGGGUCUGCAAGCGACGUCGUUUGAGGAAGAGGAGGUUAAGGUUUUGGGUGCGACUGGUGGUAGUGGUGGUGGUAGUGGUAGUGGUCCCCCAAGAGAAGAGGUUGAGGAGAAGGAGAUGGAUGAGUACGAUAGUGGCGGAAGGAGCGGCGACAAGGGUCCCGGAGCUGAAGAUGAGGGAAGCACUGCGCCGCUUCCUGAGAAGGUCCAGGUGGGUGGUUCUCCAGUUUACAAAAUUGAUAGAAAACUGGGGAAAGGAGGCUUUGGACAAGUUUAUGUUGGGCGACGCAUUGGUGGAAAUUCAAAUGAAAGAACUGGCGCAGGAGCUGUAGAGGUUGCCUUAAAAUUUGAGCAUAGAAGCAGCAAAGGGUGCAAUUAUGGACCACCAUAUGAGUGGCAAGUUUACAAUGCACUUGGUGGCAGCCAUGGUGUGCCACGGGUACAUUACAAGGGCCGACAAGGUGACUACUAUGUCAUGGUUAUGGAUAUGCUUGGACCUAGUUUGUGGGAUGUUUGGAAUAACAACUCACACACGAUGUCCAUUGAAAUGGUAGCAUGUAUUGCUAUUGAAGCCAUCUCUAUAUUAGAGAAGAUGCACUCUAGAGGGUAUGUGCAUGGGGAUGUAAAGCCUGAGAACUUUUUGCUUGGUCCUCCAGGAACUAAUGAAGAGAAAAAACUGUUUCUUGUUGACCUUGGAUUAGCCACCAAGUGGAGAGAUAGUUCGACUGGCCUUCAUGUUGAAUAUGAUCAACGGCCAGAUGUUUUCAGGGGAACAGUACGUUAUGCUAGUGUGCAUGCUCACCUUGGAAGGACUGGAAGCAGAAGAGAUGAUUUGGAAUCUCUUGCUUACACCCUCAUUUUUCUUCUCCGUGGUCGGCUGCCUUGGCAAGGUUACCAGGGAGAGAAUAAAGGGUUCCUUGUUUGCAAAAAGAAGAUGGCAACAUCUCCAGAAGCUUUGUGUUGCUUUUGUCCUCAGCCUUUUCGGCAGUUUGUUGAAUAUGUGGUGAACUUGAAGUUUGAUGAAGAACCUAAUUAUGCAAAAUAUAUCUCCCUCUUUGAUGGGAUUGUGGGUCCAAAUCCAGAUAUCAGGCCAAUAAACACUGAUGGUGCUCAGAAGCUUAUAUAUCAGGUUGGACAUAAGAGAGGACGACUGACAAUGGGGGAGGAUGAUGAUGAGCAACCAAAGAAGAAGGUCCGAAUGGGAAUGCCUGCAACACAAUGGAUUAGUGUUUACAAUGCUCGUCGGCCUAUGAAGCAAAGGUAUCACUAUAACGUUGCAGAUGUGAGGCUUCCCCAGCACAUAGAGAAAGGAAAUGAAGAUGGAUUAUAUAUUAGUAGUGUGGCUUCUUGUUCAAACUUAUGGGCCCUAAUUAUGGAUGCUGGCACCGGCUUCAGUGCUCAAGUUUAUGAACUCUCUCCUUAUUUCCUUCACAAGGAAUGGAUUAUGGAACAAUGGGAGAAGAACUAUUACAUCAGUGCAAUAGCAGGAGCUAAUAAUGGGAGCUCGAUGGUGGUGAUGUCCAAGGGCACGCAAUAUUUACAGCAGUCCUAUAAAGUCAGUGAGUCAUUUCCAUUUAAGUGGAUAAAUAAAAAAUGGAGAGAGGGUUUCUAUGUUACUGCUAUGGCCACUGCAGGAAGUAGAUGGGCGAUUGUCAUGUCUCGUGGUGCUGGAUUUUCUGAUCAGGUUGUAGAGCUAGAUUUUUUGUAUCCUAGUGAAGGUAUUCAUCGGAGGUGGGAUAAUGGUUAUCGCAUCACAGCAACUGCAGCAACCUGGGACCAGGCUGCUUUUGUUCUUAGUGUACCAAGAAGAAAACCUGCAGAUGAAACACAAGAGACGCUCAGAACUUCUGCUUUCCCUAGCACACAUGUCAAGGAGAAAUGGGCAAAAAAUCUUUACAUUGCAUCAGUUUGCUAUGGUCGGACUGUUUCUUGAGCUGGCAAAGUUUUAUCAGGAGCCUCACUGAAGUUAUUUUUGACUGCUCAUGCAUACAAGCUGUGAGCCUGCUCUUACCAUCCAUGCCCUGUCUGCAAAACCCAAAUCUUUCCCGCAGCAAAACUGACUCAUCGUGGCAGUUGGCAUUGAUGUAUGCAAAACUUUACUUAAUUGUCACCAUCACAUUGCACCUAUUACUAACACCUGUGCACUGUCUUUCAAUUGUAUCGAAAUGCUUUCAAGCUAAUGUCUUCCAUCUGGAUGGGGUUAUUUUACUUACUGUUGAAAAGGUUGUAUAGUCUAGAACAAUAAUUACUUUAUUGAAGGCAUGUGCACAGGUCAUGUUUCGAUUGUUGUUAUUUUGAGAAACAUGCAAUUUUUAAGAUUUUCCGACAGAUAAUGGACAUUUCAAUUCUCUCUGGUUCUUUAUGCUCUUUCCUUUUUGGUCUCUUCACACAACCUAUGUUUGUUUGCUGUAUGACCUCGGAGAUUUUUUAACUUGACUUGAGAGAAUGAUACUCAUUUGUAUUAAUCUUCAGAAACAGUUCUUAUAACAUCUUAAUCAGUUUAGCUGUCUUUUUCCCCCUAUUUUUCAAUUCAUUGUGCCUCUUCCAAAUGACUCAGAGCAUACAUUGCAUGUGAUAAUUUAUUGAUAGAGUGGUCAUUGCAGUCAAUAUUUUGCAGUGGAUGUGAACCAUAUUUAAAUGUUUCAUUAUUUGAAAAAUUGGUGGAAGCAAACUAUUGUCUUGAUUCUUUCAACCAUUUUCUUAAUUGAAGAAUAUUUGGAAACUAGGGAACACUUGAACCAUUCAUGAAAUCAAACUGAGAGGCUUGGCUUGGCUUGGCUUUUGGGAUUGACCCUAUAGGAUAAUGGUUGGGAAGCAUUUUAUGUUGUAAUAUCCACAUCACACUGUUACUUUCACUCAGUUCAUACUUUAAGCUGGUCAUUUGACACUGAACAUAUUGGUGGCUGCUUGGUUAGAUUACUGUUGUUAAAGUUUGAGGAUGUGAAUGUACUAGAUAUGUUAAUUUAUCAUGGGCUGAAUGAUUUUGGUCAAGAUCUUUGCUUUGGAACAGAAGCACAAUUAGCUGAGGCACCUUUGUCAUACCAAGAAGCCCACCAGCUAUUACACUUGAUAUAUAAUCUGUGAAAGUCAUAGGUUUCCUCAAACCUUGUGAACAGAAGCAGCAGACGAUGUACAAGUUGAAAGUUCACAAGUGAGACAUCUGAUUCUGUAUAUUACUUUCUAACCAUUGGGAUUAUUCGUGCAUAUGGAUGUAUCCUCUUCUUUCUCUGCUGUUGGUGCUGCACACUUGGACACGACCUGGUUCUGACACUUGUCAUGCAUUUACAGGGCUGUGAAGGUGACUGCUACAUGGUAUGUGUCAUUUGCUUUUAUGUGCACUUUCUGAAUUCUAGGGUUCAUUUUGGGCAUGGAAUUAUCACAUUGUGACUUUCUUGAUGGCCUGUUGAAGCGGGGAAUGUUCCCUUCAGAAGCGAGGCGCAAUUGAACCUGCAUCUUCUGAUUAACCUGAUCGGAAUUAAAAAAAUAAGGGUCUUUGCUUUGUCGAUUUUGUGCUUCUCUACGGCUUCCUAGGUUUUCUCCCUCAUUGCAGGUAUGAUUGGUUUGCACCUAUUACCCAUUGGUGGUCAAGCUGCCUACCCAAAUAAGAACUGUUGACGCCAUAAAUUGUUUGUGGACACGGUAUACUACGAGUGCUGACAACAACAUCCAUGUCUGAACAUAACAUGUUAAAUUCCUAUCUGAUACAUAUCUGUGCCUGUUUCUUGUUUUUUGGCAACUCCAAGCCAUGAUUUAAUAGGGAGACGGUAUAUGCUGAACUUGAAGAUUUUGUGGUCAUCUCAGUGUAUUGUGGUAUUUUAUAGAUCAAGAGCGAUGGCUGUGAUACUUGAUAGAAGUGUUAUUGAGAAAUCUAUUUAAUAGAUUGGACAUUUGAUUUCA